AUGGCGUUUCUUCAGAUGCAAGGAACAGCGAAGCUACAACAAGUGACACAGCUUCUGAAGUCUCUUGAGAAAGACCUACAAGAGAACAACCUCUCAACAGCCGACCGAGUCCAGAUCCUCCUCCAACUCCGACAACACGGCACAAACCCUACCAAUGCGGAACCGAUCUAUUCACAGAAUGGCAUAAAUAAAUUGGUGAGGUAUGGCGUUGAGGGGGAGACCCCUGACGUACGUCGAGCAGCAUUGCGAUGUGUUGCAAACGCGCUAUUACUUGACCCCAAAAUGCGCCAGGCUUUUGUAGACACGGGAUAUGGUGGAAAACUAGCAGAAAGGCUCAAGACCGAAGACUCGGAAGAUGAGAUGGUUACAAGUCGGAUAUUGUUCUAUGCGACCUAUAACACCACGCUGGACUUUAAAGACUUGGUUAAGAGCCACGCAUUGGGCGAUAAUGUCAACUAUCAAUUGAGCCGCCAUGCAAGACAGUUUCCCAAGUCAGGAAGAAAGCCAUUGUCACAAAUGGACGAACUGGCAUUGUCAGACACACUCAAAUUGAUAUAUAACAUUUCCAAGUUAUUUCCAGAUCUCGCUACCAAGUUCUCUCCCUCCAUCCCUCAUAUUUUGAAGAUUAUAUGCCGCAUUGAUAUCCCAGCAAAGCCCCUGGAUGGUUUAAUCGGCGGCCUGCUCAAUACAUUGUCCAUCCUUGACUUGGAAGAAAAGAAAGGCAAAAUUUUCGAGAGCAGCCCCCUUUUUUCCGACAUUCGACCCAAAUUGCAACAGGCAAACGCAGUCCCAUUGCUAUAUUCACUCAUCGCUAUCCACGAAGUGGCACCCGAUGGACCUCGCAAGUAUAUGGAGUCGCUUCUUCUACCCGAGGACACCGACCGAAGCUUGCCAAUCGGACAGUCUGGAACACUGUCUUCAAAACUUCUGAAGCUCUCGACAAGCCACUUUGCCAAUCUGAAGGUUACAAUUUCCGAGCUGAUGUUUGUUUUGUCGGGCAAGGAUGCCGAGAAACUUACUAGGAACAUUGGCUACGGCUUUGCUGCUGGGUUCCUGGCAGCGCGAGGCAUUGAUAUGCCACAAAGUGCAAGCGAAGCAUCAGCCCAAGAUGACCCCGAAUCCGCACGCAAUCCCAUCACUGGACAACGGUGGGCCGCUGAGCCACAGGAUUCCGGUCCUCCCAUGACCAUGGAGGAGAAAGAGCGCGAAGCAGAGAGACUCUUCGUGUUAUUUGAGAGGGCCAAAGCAAAUGGUCUGAUCAAUGUCGAGAACCCUGUGACUCAGGCUCUUCAUGAGGGAAGAUUCGAAGAACUGCCCGAUGAUACUGAUAGUGACUGA